GUUACCUACUCGGAAGAAUUAAAUUCUCCUAAAAGAACCUAUCGUCAUGGCUAGCUCCAAUCUCAUACCUAAACCAUGGGUACCACGCGAUCAACCCCCGGACAUUACCCUCAUCAACAUCAACGUAAUCGAUGUAGAGGCUGGCCGUGUUAUCCCCAGUUGUAGUGUCCACGUGCAAAAUGGGGUUAUUACACGUAUUAUGCCAGCAUCAUCGCUAUCCAGAAGCUCAGAAGCGCCGUUCUCUACUGGACCGAGGACAAAAACCAAGUUCAUCAACAUGCGAAAUCAAUAUCUGUGCCCUGGCUUGAUUGAUUGUCAUGUUCACCUCACGGCCACCCCGGGGAGCACCUCACUCAAGGACAUAUUCGCCGCUAGCCCUAACACAAUCGCAUACCGCACCGCUUAUGUCGCCCGGAACAUGCUCCUUCGAGGCUUCACAACUGCGCGUGAUACAGGCGGCGCUGAUGCGGCAUUACGCGAUGCUAUCGCAGAGGGAUUGCUAUCUGGACCGCGCCUCAUCAUCGCGGGCAAGGCGCUCUCUCAAACCGGCGGCCACGGGGACUUACGAGCUCCUUAUCAGGGUGACGAGCAUAAAUGCUGUGGUGGACACUCACCCGCACUGGCUCGUAUCUGUAACGGUGUCCCCGCGUGUUUAGAGGCAGUUCGAGAUGAGCUCCGACAAGGGGCGAACUUCAUCAAGAUAAUGUGUGGAGGAGGAGUUGCAACGCCAACUGAUGCACUAGAUAUGCUUCAGUUCACGGCCGAUGAGAUCCAGGCGAUUACAACCACCGCCGCAUACUCCAAGACCUACGUUACCGCUCAUGCCUAUACGGCGCAGGCAAUCCGCCAUGCGGUCGACAACGGUGUGCGUGGCAUUGAGCAUGGCAACUUCAUUGACGCCGAGACGGCCAGAUACUGUAAGGAGAAGGGGGUAGUCUUCACUCCGACACUGAUCACGUAUCAAGGAAUGGCCGAACCCCCCUUUGAUAACUUUCUUGACGAGGCCAGUCAAGCGAAGAACCGCGAAGUUCUGGCCAGUGGUCUCAAGGCUCUGGAAAUUCUACGCGAUGCUGGUAUCACAAUGUGCUACGGAUCUGAUCUCCUGGCAGGCCUCCACACGCUACAGAACCGCGAGUUUAGUAUUCGCGCAGCCGUUCUCAGUUCGCUAGAGAUCCUUCAGUCGGCGACUAUCAACGCCGCCAAAUUGGUUGGUAUGGAAGGGAAACUGGGCUGUAUUAAGGAGGGGGCGAUUGCGGAUUUUCUGAUUCUCAAUGCCAACCCCCUUGAAAAUAUUACCGUUCUGGACCAUGUAGAAGAGUCCUUAGUGGCCAUUGUCAAAGAGGGGCGGAUUGUUGCAAGCAAGGUAGCGGAACUAUCAGUGGACCCUCUUUACGAUCCGUAUAGGCUCCCGUCCACCUGAAUUAUGAGUCUGGGGCCGUGAAGAUCGACAACAACCAGCAUUCUG